CGGCGGGGGGCAGCGCUAGGGGGGGCCGCUGAGGCGGCCGGAGCGCGGCGGGCUCGAUGGCGGCGGCCGUGGGAGCCGAGCGGGAGGCGCGGGCCUGCGCUGCCUUCUACGGGGCGCUGGGCAUCGCGCAGCCGGUGCUCUCCUGCCUGCGCUGCCUGCGGCAAUUCGCGGGGAGUACUGCCAAGAGAUGCAAAGACAAGCACCUGGAGGAGGCUUUGCUGCUGUCGCAGGCGCUGAGUGAGGGUCUGCGGGCACUGGGUGAGGCAGAGGUACGGCCCCUGCUCCGCUGCAUCCUGGCUUUCCAGAUGGAGGCAACCGGUAGCUCCAGCUCCUUCCAGAAACUGGAACAGAUUGUGACCCAGCUGGCGGUGGGGAAGGAAGCCCUGCUGGCCCAGGAGGUGGGCGCGCUGCUGGCCGGCCUGGCGCCACAGGGAGAGGUGCUGUCUCCUGGGGACCUUCAGUCAGUGUGCAUGUUCAUGGAGGAGAGCAGCCUGGGCCGGCAGCACUGGCGGCAGAACCUGGCCCCGCUGCUGCAGCGCCUGGCCACCACCUUGCGCUGGGUGCUGGACAUCCAGCCUGCGCCCAGCAGCACGUGGGGCUACCUGGCUGUCAAGGCCUGCCUCCAGCUCUUCCAGGUGCUGCCAAAGGACGUGUCCCCCCUGGUGUGGAGCUCAGCAGGGAAGAGUGAAGCUCUGCAGAGCCUCUUGGGGCUGCUGCUGGAGGUGGCAUGGGGGAAGGCCCUCAACAAGGACACGCGGCUGCUGGCAGGUACAGCGCUGAGCAUGCUGGUGAACACAGCCCCCCAGCCUGAGCGCGGGGCCAGCGCCGUGCUGGCCCUCUUCCAGCUCCCUGACCAAGGCAUGGGGGAACUGAAGUUUGGGGAGCUGGCAGUGGAGGCCUCCCCCAUCCUGGAGCCAGACGGGCUGGAGAAGCUGGUGCUCACCAGAGGUUUGCUGACGUGCUGCAAGAUGGACAUCCUCAGCUGCCAUCUGGAGAGCUUCGCCCAUACGGCCUGCCUGCUGCUGGACGUGAUCUUUCCCGCUGUGUGUGCCCUGGCCAAGGAGCAGGACUGCCACUACUACUGCUUCCAAGCCUGUGCCCUGUGGCUGCAGCGCCUGCGGGAGAGCCUGCCUGUCAUCUGGCACCUGAAGGGCCGCCGGAUCCUGGCCCGGGACGCCAAGCUCCUCCAGCAGCUCACCCAGCUAGUGUGGGACAACGCUGAGACGCCGGCGGAAGGUGUGUCCGAGUUCAUCCACAGCUCCUUCCGACUGCUCCUGGAGAUCUACCACCUUGAGUGCCAGCACUUCCAGGACCAGGAGAGACCCCUCUACCAACAGAUGCUGAAGAGGGUGGUCUCGAUGCCAUGGCAAAUCAAAGCCAGAUACGUGCCCCUGUGUGCCAUCAUCCCCUACGUGGGCAGCCAGCAGGUGUUGGAUGCCUACCCAGUCCUGCCACAGCACCUCCUGAGCUGCCUCUCCACCAACCACCUGUGUCCCCCGGCCACCGAGGUCUACAAGGCCCUGGUGCAGCAGCAGCGCGCCGAGCAGCAGGGCACGGAGGCAGCUCUGGCAGAGCUGUGGGCACUGCGCUGGCUGCCCCUGCUCUCCCAGGCGCUCUGCUCCCCCCUGCCCAUCCUGCAGAGCAAUGCCACCAACCACCUCCUCACCUGGACCCUGCGGCAGCUCCCAGCCGCCCAGGCACCACUGGCCGCCCAGUUCAGUGGUCAGGACACGGCAUCACUCCGGGCUUGGGUCUCGCUGCUGAAGGCACAGAAGAGUGUGGUGGGGUCCCUGCCGCUGCAGGGCAAGACACUGGAGCGACUCUCCUGCUGCCUGGGUGCCCACGAGGAGGGCAUUCGGCUGGCGGCGCUGGGUCUCCUCUGCUGCAGCCCCAGCACCAACCAGCCCCUCUCAGGUACUGAGGUGCAGCUGCUGCGGGAGUUCCUGCCCCUCAACCUCAACUGCGACUCCUCCUCGUUCCGGCAGCUGCUGCAGGCGGCAGUGAGGAAGGCGCUGGUCCGGCUGCGGGACAGCUCGCUGGCCCAGCUUCGAGGCAAGGCGCCCCGGGGCACCGAGCAGGGCGAGGGAGCAGGGCAGCUCGCCCAGGCAGUAGGCUUUGUGGAGUGGCUGCUGCAGCUCAGCGUCGCUUCGCUCAGCCCAGGCUCCAACUACCAGAGGAAGAAGACGGCUCUGCUCCUCCUGGCCACUGUUUUGGAGACCUGCACAGACACCUGGAGCCCCAACAGGAAGAAAGGCCAGCCCCCGCGGACUAUGGCCACGCUGCUGAGCUACGCCAGGCAGAGCGGCUGCUGGGACUUCUUCUCCCAGCCCAAUUUGUUGGCACUGCUGAGCUGCUUGCAGGACAGCACUAAUGAGGUGACCCUUAACGGCUGUAAAGCCACCUGCCUGAGCCCUGAACGGGUUCAGAGGGGAAGGGUGGCGGGCUUCCCCUCCUACCCUACCGCAGCUUUUCCCCUGGUGUUCCAAUUCCCCCUACCUCUCGUGUCUUGGCAGAUCAGAGACUUGGCCUCAGACCUGCUCGUCCACUACUUCCCCGCCACAUUCCCCGAGCCCAUUGCCCUGGCUCUCUUCCAGCUGGCCCAGGAGGCCCUGGGCAGCCCACGAGUGCAGGAGGCUGAAGCUGGAGCCGUGCUGAUGAAGACCAUCCUGCAGAAGUCAGACAGUGGCACCAUGAAGAGCCUGGCCCUGGAGGCUGAAGCAGCCCCCACGCUGCCCAACCGAGGCCUCUGCUUCGCUCAGCACCUUCUCCACAUGCUGCAAGCCCAGUAUGCGGCAGCGUGCCGGGACCUGCUGCAGGCAGCAGCCACUGCACCGAUGCACGGAGCCAUCGCAGCGCUGCGGAGGUGCCUGCUCCAGGUGCCGGAGGUGGCUGCCUCCAUGCAGGCGGCAGAGUUGGCGCAGAGCUGGCAGGAGCUCCUCACCCGCCUUGUGACCACAGCGAGAGACAUCACCUCCUUCCUCCUGGGUGCUCUGCAGAGCCAGCAAGGCCCCGGUGCCGAUGAGCACGCUGCUGCCCCAUCGUUUGCAGACAUGGGGAAUGCCAUCGGCUCCCUCAUUAUGCUGGGGAAGGGCCAUGGGCAGCAGGAGGAGGACUCAGUCCUGCUGUCAGAAGAGCACAGCCUGAUCCUGACCUGCUGCUGGGUGUCGGUGAAGGAGAUAGGACUGCUCUUGGGGGGCCUGGCGGAGCUGCUGCUGGCCCCAGCGCUGCCGGCUGGAUCGGGGCCCCUCCUGCCACUCCCGACCCUGCAGACAGCCGCAAAGGUGUUCCAGGAAAUCCUGCUGCGGUGCCGGCACUGGGGAGCGGUGGAGGGAUGCAGCAUGGGCUUCACCAAAUUUUGCACCGCUCUGUUGAACCACCCAGACACGGAGCUGCAGGCAAUCCCACAGACCAUGCUGGAGCAGGGCUUAGAAGCGCUGAGCGGACCCCGGAGCAGCUCAAUCACACGCCGUGCUGCUGGCUUCCCCAUGCUCUUCCUCUGCAUCGUCAGCGGGGAGGCCCCGACGCAGACACGGCCACUGCUGACCCGCUGCGUCCAGACGCUGCUGGCCUUGGCCACCACAGCCCUGCCGCAGGACUGGGACCAGACCCUCGACCUCCCGCAGGUGUGUGCCGUCCAUGUGCUGCAGACGCUGGUCCGCGGCGCGGGGCUGGGCGGUGCGCUGCUGCGGCACGCCACGCCGAUGGUGGCCCUGGCGCUGCGGGGCCUGAGCUCACCGUGCUGGGCCAUGAGGAACGCGGCCAUCCAGCUCUUCAGCGCCCUCACGUCCCGGCUGCUGGGCCAGCAGCGGAGCGGUGGGGAGGGCUGCCUGGCAGAGGGGGUGAGCCUGCAAGCCUUCCUCGGGCAGCACCCCCAGCUGGGUGCCAUGCUGCUGGGUGAGCUGGAGGCGGCCGCGGAGCCUGUGCCGGGGGGACCCCGCCUGCGCCCCGCGCUCCACGCCGUCCUCACCCUCCUGGCCCAGCUGCAGCCUGGCGUUGACAGCCCCAGCAGCCCCUCUGCUCGCUUCCUGCGGCCGCUGCUGGGGCUGGCAGGGAGCCCCAUCUACGCCGUGCGAGCGAUGGCUGCCAAGGUGCUGGUGCCAGUUGUCCCACCGCCCCGGCGCCGGGGGCUCCUCUUGCAGCUGGCCCGGCAACUCCCCACCACGCCUGGACAAGUCCGCUCUCACAACGCUCUGCAUGGGCGCCUGCUGCAGAUGCGGGCGCUGCUGGCCCCUGCCCCAGGCACCAACGGGCUGUCGGCCGAGGCGCUGCACCCUGUGGCUCUGCAGCUGGAGGCGCGGGGCUGGCUGCUCACCCCUGCCCAGCGCUGCCCGCUCGUCCGUGCCGCCUUCCUCCACGUCCUUGCCCUCCUGCCCACGUCCUUUAGCCCCGGCUUCGCCCAGAGCAUCCGUGAUGCUGUCAGCACUGAGCUGGGCAUCCUCCCACCGGGGGGACGGCCAAGAUGUGCCGAGCUGCAGGUGGGCUCGGCCAUCCUUCACCAAACCAUGGCCUGCUUCCUGUGCAGCGAGGCAGCCCAGCUGGCUGACAGCCGGCGGAUUGGCGCUGUCUGCUCACUUCUCCGGCAGCCAAAUCCCGAUGUCCAGGUUGCCAUCCUGAGCUGGACCAUCGCCAGGGAGGGAGGAACGUGCGAGGAGCUGGAGAACGCGCUCGGGCUGACGCUGCUGGAGAGCUUGGGGUCGGUGCUGCGAGAGAGGAGGGACAAAGAGUUCCUGAGAUUGUACCUUGAGGCUUUGCUGCAUCUUUACAGAGAUCCCUUGUCGUGGUCCCAGGAAGCUUCCCGUAAGCUCCAGGGCUCCUCGGCAGCAUGCCUGGAGAUGCUGCUGCACAUGAUGGAGGCUGAGUGUCCUGGGCCCGACCUCCUCUUCCAGGCACUGUGUGCCGCCAGCCUGCUGCUCGCCCGCUGGUUUGAGGACAAGGAUGGCACCCUGGUCGAGCGAUGGUGCGCGGUGCUGGAGGAGUGCAGCCGGUCUGCUUCGUACGAGGUGCUGCGGCUGGCGGCCGCCCGCUCCCUGCAGACGGCAGGUGCCCAGGUGGUGCAGCGAUCCCUGCGCGCUGCCCGUGCCGCGCUUGUCCCCGUGGCUCUGCGGCUGAUAAAUGCAGGCAUUCACCUUCUGCAAGACGAGGAGCGGGAGGUCCGGCACGAGGCCUCGGGUUUCGCCAGCCUCCUGCGGCAGGACCCCAGCAAACCACUCCGAGAGAGCUGCGUUUUUGUGCAGGACAACGCGGGCCUCCUGGGCCUUCUGCAGCUCCUCCUGGCGGAGUUUGGGGAGCACCCGGAAACCUUCAACUUGCUGCUGCAGCAUCUCCCUGUCCUAGAUCUCAGGAGCAUUGUGGAGGAGCUGGAGGCCAACAAAGCCGCCAGCCUGUACAAGGAGGACGACCCCAACGUUUUUGCAGAGCCGGCCAUCCUGGCACGGCAGCUGCUCCCCGUCCUGCUGCAGCUGCUGGAGAAGGCGCCCGCUGGCAGCCCGGUCCGUGCCUCAGCUCUGCGCUGGCUGGCGGCCGCGGGCCCGGGCGUCCUGUGCGACCUGCGCGACUGCAGGCUGCGCUGGAGCCACGAGGCUGCUGCCCGCUGGGGGAUGAAGGCGCUGGGCUGUGCGAAGCUGCACGUAGCUGUGGCCGUGCUGCUGGUGAGGGCUCGGCUGGCAGCGCAGGCGCUGCAGGUGCUGGGGGAAGGUGCCACCGCCAUGCUGGGGCUGGGCUGCGGUGCCCAGGAGCUGGAACAGGAGCUUGAGCUGGUGCAGGGGCUGCUGGCGCAGCAUGGGCUGGCCCCCACGCUGAGCCAGGGUGAGGUGCUGGGGGAGCCGGGACCACCGCCUGGGCUUGCCUGAUAGCUCCAGCCAUGGAGCGUCACACCAGGCCCCGCAGCCACAAGGCUCCUGGUCUGUGCUGCCACAUCCCUCCAUUUGCCGGAUGCUCUGGCUGCCAGCCAGGACUGCAAGGUCGGUGGUGUAACUCAGGGGAAUCCCACUCGCCGUGCAGGACACGCUGCCUUUGUUUUAUAACUCUCCAUCUCAAGGACACCAGUGCAGCACUACCUUGACCCGUGCCUGCGCUGCUGCCUGCAGCAUCCCUGCCCUUGGGUCCAGCGGGGAGGAGGGAACACAUGCCCCAGAGCCCUCACACCACGUUGUGCUGCUUGACUCCCACUACCUUUUUUUUAAACUAACAUUUUAGCUUCUCUUUUGUGACGAACCUGGGCUUUUAUCCCAAAUAAACAGGCCAAGAACGGC